CUCCUCAUCAACGACACCGCCGAUCGCCAUGCCUACCCAGACCAAGACCACCGUCCCUUCGGCCCACGACGUCCUCGUCCCCGAGACGCUCCUCAAGAAGAGGAAGUCGGACGCCAAGGCCCGCGAGGAGAAGCUCGCUAAGGCUGGUGAGCUCCGCAAGGCCAAGAAGGCCAAGCGCCAGGUCAUCUUCAAGCGUGCCGAGCAGUACUCCAAGGAGUACAAGUCGGUUGAGCGCGAGCAGAUCCGUCUGCGCCGGCUGGCAAAGUCCAAGGGCGACUUCUACGUGCCUGCGCAGCCCAAGGUCGCCUUCGUCGUCCGUCUCCGCGGUAUCUCCAACAUUGCCCCCAAGCCGCGCAAGAUCCUGCAGCUGCUCCGCCUGCUCCAGAUCAACAACGGUGUCUUUGUCAAGCUGACUAGGGCGACGCAGCAGAUGCUCCAGCUCGUCGAGCCAUACGUCACCUACGGCGAGCCCAACCUCAAGACGGUGCGCGAGCUCAUCUACAAGCGAGGUUACGCAAAGGUCAACCGGCAGCGACUCCCCCUCAGCGACAACGCCAUCGUCGAGGAGAACCUGGGCAAGUACGGCAUCAUCUCCGUCGAGGACCUCGUCCACGAGAUCUACACCGCCGGCCCCCACUUCAAGGAGGCCAACCAGUUCCUGUGGACGUUCAAGCUGUCGAACCCCAACGGCGGCUUUGCCGACCGCAAGUUCACCCACUUCGUCGAGGGCGGUGACACCGGUGACCGAGAGUUUGACAUUAACCGCAUCGUCCGCCGCAUGAACUAGGCAGCCUAGACGCUCUCCUGUCACGACCACCCACCUGCGCUCUCCUCCCUCUUUCUUUCUUCCACGCAUGUACCGGUAUGAUUCAUCAUUUCUCCAAAUAAACAAAAUGGGAGGGGACUCCUGCUACAGC